AUGGAAUAUCCUACUUCUGCGUCGGAUUCCCAUAUUCCCCUGCAUCGGCAACUGUUGUCAACGCCGGCGCAUGAACAGCGCAGUUGUCCACUGUUACGUGCUGUGCCCGCCGAGAUACGAAGCUACAUCUUCGGCCAGGCUUUGAUGGACUACGAAGAACCAGCGGCAGCCAAGCGUUACGUGGAAGACUCGUGCUGGGCUCGUCCAUCGUACUCUGCUCCACGAAGAACGGAUACAGCGCUUCUGCGAACAUGUCGGUCCAUCUACGGGGAGACUUGGUUCCUGCCCUUUAUGUUGAAGGAGCAGACGCACUGGAUAACAGCGCAAAAUCGCGCUCCACCAGACUACAACGUUGACACUUCGCCCGAUAUCCUCCGCUCGACGGUCGCGGAGAUCAGACAGCAACACAAGCAGCCAACCGUCGAGAUCGAUUCUCUUCGGAUCUUCACGCAGAUGUAUAAGAUUGAGCAAGAUGACGUCGCGCGUUUUCUGCAAUGCGUACCCGACCUCUCAUUUCGCCGUCUAUGCAUCACCAUUCGGCACGCCGACUUUUGGUUUUGGGAGAAUGACGAGCCGCUCCGUUUCGAAGGAGAGUGGAUUCCCAAGCUUUGCCGUGUUUUGCCCUGCACGGUGCGCGAGGUCGUCAUUGAAAUGGAAACGGUGAGGCGCAAAGCGGCGCAGCUAGACGAAAUCGCCCGGCAAAUGACGCAGCGGUGGCACUUUCGAACCAAGGACGGGGGACUCUUGUUUGCCGAUUCAACUCCAGACAGCCACGAAGUGAGCCGCUGGCGGGGCUCCUCGGCGUGGCAUAACCGGAGGUGGGUUAGAGACGAGAUCAGCAAGGGCGUCAUCGAGUAUCAUGUGGUUGCCGUGCGUUUCAAGCCGAAGCAUGCUAUCGAGAGGGCUGGCGGUACAAUCAGUGGCGAAGCACUGGAGGCUGCCGCCGCCGAGGCCUUUGUGAAGUCAAGCAUGCUCAAGCUGCAUAUACCGAACGCUGAGGCUAUGCAGUGCGCUCAAGCGUCUGUUCCAUAUGAUACCCAUGAUCAGGAUCGUGAUCGGCGCAUAGGCCGCAGGAGGAGACGACGCAGCGCGCGGCUACGCGGAGAGUGA